UAGCAGGGCACAAUGUGGAAAGCAGCGCUGACCUCCCCCCUCAUUCACCUCUAAUGCAAACGCGAAGCCAUGUUUCGGUCUUUUAGAAGCGUCCAGCAGUUAAACUGCAACUUCCUAAAUUUACAGAAAGUCCAGGCGAAGCCCAAACUCCUGUUCUGCACGUCCGGAAUGGCCGCUUCCGGGUACAGGAUCGAACGGGACACGUUCGGCGAGCUCAAGGUCCCAGCUGACAAGUACUACGGCGCCCAGACUGUCAGGUCCACCAUGAACUUUAAGAUCGGGGGGCCGAGCGAGAGGAUGCCGAUUCAGGUCAUCAAGGCCUUCGGCAUCCUGAAGAAAGCUGCCGCCGAGGUGAACAAGGAGUUCGGGCUCGACCCCAAGCUGGCAGCAGCCAUCAUCCAGGCUGCAGAGGAGGUUUCUGCCGGGAAGCUGGACGAUCAUUUCCCUCUGGUGGUGUGGCAGACUGGAUCUGGAACCCAAACCAACAUGAACGUCAAUGAAGUCAUCAGCAACAGGGCUAUCGAGAUCCUGGGAGGGACUCUGGGCUCCAAGGAUCCGGUCCACCCCAAUGAUCAUGUCAACAAGAGCCAGAGCUCCAACGACACCUUCCCCACCGCCAUGCACAUCGCUGUGGCCACAGAGGUCCACCAGGUUCUGCUGCCCGGGCUGCAGACUCUGCACAGCGCCCUGUCUGCCAAAGCAGAGGAGUUCAAAGACAUCAUAAAGAUCGGCCGCACCCACACUCAGGACGCUGUGCCCCUGUCGCUGGGGCAGGAGUUCAGCGGUUAUGUCCAGCAGGUGAAGUACAGCAUAGAGAGGGUGAAGGCCGCCAUGCCCAGAGUCUACGAGCUGGCCGCGGGAGGCACAGCCGUGGGGACGGGGCUCAACACCCGCAUCGGCUUUGCUGAGAAGGUGGCCUCGGUGGUCGCCUCGCUCACAGGCCUGCCGUUCGUCACGGCCCCCAACAAGUUUGAGGCCCUGGCGGCCCACGACGCUCUGGUGGAGCUGAGUGGAGCGCUCAACACCGUGGCUGUCAGCAUGAUGAAGAUUGCCAACGACAUCCGUUUCCUGGGGUCAGGACCUCGCUCUGGCCUGGGGGAGCUCGUCCUACCAGAGAACGAGCCUGGAAGCAGCAUCAUGCCGGGCAAAGUGAACCCCACCCAGUGCGAGGCCAUGACCAUGGUGGCAGCCCAGGUGAUGGGCAACCACGUGGCGGUGACGGUCGGAGGCAGCAACGGCCACUUCGAGCUCAACGUCUUCAAGCCCAUGAUCGUGAAGAACGUGCUGAACUCUGCCCAGCUCCUGGGCGACGCCGCCGUCUCCUUCACCGACAACUGCGUGGUGGGCAUCCAGGCCAACACCGACAGGAUCAACAAGCUCAUGAGCGAGUCCCUCAUGCUGGUCACCGCUCUCAACCCUCACAUCGGAUACGACAAAGCCGCCGCCAUCGCCAAGACCGCCCACAAGAAGGGCUCCACCCUGAAGGCCGUGGCCGUGGAGCUGGGCUACCUGAGCGAGGAACAGUUCGACCAGUGGGUGAAGCCGAGCGAGAUGCUGGGGCCAAAGUGAGGCGCCGACAGCCCAAGAACACUACAGAGAAGUUAUACAUGCCGUUAAAGUGUCCAAAUAAACGACUUCAGCAUCUGAACUCCU